AUGCUAGCUCUGCCACUACGUGGCACUGCCAGCUCACCACCUGUUUCAUUGACAACCCCCAACCUCGGUCCUGCUUCUUCAUGCCUUGUUGACAAAUAUGUCAGUGUCAUCGAUCUGCAAGCUGCCAUGGAUGACUUUGAUCAACGUCUUGCCAGUUUGGAGGAGGUACAAACAUUGUUAGAAUUAGAGACUGAUCUUGCGAACUUAGAUGAAGAGCUCGAUAACGCCUCUGAGUUUUUUCAAGAAGUCCGUAAGCCCAGGCUGCAAGCUGCACAGAGGUUGGGGGAUUUGAUGAAAGGUGAGAAGAGUGAAUCUAUUUCAUCCUCUAGUCCCAGUAAAAUAUCUAGUAGCAACAAGAUGACAAAUGUAAAGUUACCCAAAUUAGAGUUACCAAAGUUCAAAGGAGAUGUAACUCUGUGGCAGUCAUUUUGGGACCAGUUUAAGACUCAUGUGCAUGAUUCUGACAUUCCAGUGAUAGCUAAAUUUAGCUACCUGCAGUCAUUAUUGGAAGGAGAUGCAAAGGGUGUUGUAAAAAGACUUGCACAUACCGAAGCAAAUUACCAAAUUGCUUGUGAUAUGCUGAAAGAAAGAUUUGGAAGACCUGAGCGUAUUAAAUUUGCACAUGUACAAGCACUUUUGAAUUAUAAAUCUUCUGUGAAAGGCAAGGGAUCAAAGUAUGUGUCCUUGUGGAAUCUAAGUGAUGAAUUGCUGACACACAUCCGUAGCCUAGAAGCUUUGGGAGUAUCAGGGGAGCAGUGUGAAGUGUUCCUGACCCCCAUCAUCCUGGCAUGCCUUCCUGAGGAGCUAAGAAUGGAGUGGGCCAGAGAAGGCUCUGGCCAUGAAAGUGACCUCAGAUCAUAUUUUUGUGCAUUCUGCAGCAAGAAACACAAGUCUGAGAAGUGCUGGGAUAUUCAGAAGCUCUCAUUUAAGGAACGUGAAGAAAGGAUUAAAGCAGCCCGUUUAUGUUUUAAAGCAAAGGGCGACAUAAAUUCCAAUAAAGCUAUGGAAAAGGACAUUAGUGAUCAGAAGAUUAGUGACACUGCUGAAUCUUCUUCAGAGAAUUGCAGUCCUGAAGUGAAUCAUGUUGGAGUUGCUCUUAGUAAGUGUAAUGUGUUAACAAAAACUAGCUGUGUGUUACAAACGGCUAGAGUUAAAGUGUAUGGUGAUUCAGGUAUUUGUUGUGAAGCCACCUUGUUAUUUGAUACUGGCUCUGAUAGAUCUUAUGUGUCCAGUAAUUUUGUGAAGAAAGUUAAGCCUAAGUGGGUGAGCUCGGAGACGGUGUCAUAUGCUGCCUUUGGAGGUAGUAAGUCUCAUCCAGGUAAACAGAGUAAUAUCUUUGAUUUGAAAUUAGUAGGUUUACAAGGUGUAAAACAUUUAAUGGCAUUAGAGAUUCCAAAGGUUUGUGCACCUUUAACUAGACCCUGUAUUCCCAGUAAAUUGGUUGAUGCAUUUUCAGACUUUCAACUUGCUGAUGAUUACAAAAAUAAUAGUCACCUGAGUAUAGAUAUACUAGUAGGUUUGGAUGCUUAUUGGGGACUUAUGGAUCCUGAAAUUAAGCCAUAUCAGAGAAAUGAAUUUGUAGCCCAAAGGUCUGUCUUUGAUUCUGAUUUACGGGAAUUUUGGAGUUUAGAAUCUGUUGGAAUAAAUCAAAAGGAAACUGUUACUUGCCCUUUUACCUCAGACCCUGUUCUACAACAAUUUUGUGGAAAUGUUAAGUUUGAUGGGGGGCGUUAUGAAGUAAGCUUACCCUGGAAGUCGGAUGACUGUAAGAAGAAUCUUAGAAAUAAUGAGGGACUUGCUAGAAAAAGACUAGAAGGUUUAGAGCGGAAGUUAGAUAAGGAUCCACAACUUAAGGAACAAUAUUUUGAUGUGUUUACUGGUUACGAAGAUGAGGGAAUAAUUGAGGAAGUCCCUUCAAAUGAGAUUGUAAGUUCUCAGCCCAUUUAUUAUAUGCCUCAUCAUCCAGUUGUUAAAGAAAGUAGUUCUUCAACAAAGAUUAGACCAGUUUUUGAUGCUUCUGCAGUUAGUUAUAAUGACAUUUCUCUAAAUGAUUGUCUUGAGUCUGGUCCUUCACUUAAUCCUGAUCUUGUGAAAGUUUUGAUUCGUUUCAGAAGGUGGAAAGUUGCACUGACUGCUGAUAUUACCAAGGCUUUCUUACAGAUCUGUGUUCAGCAAAAGGACCGAGAUGUUCAUCGCUUUCUUUGGAAAUGCAAAGACUCCAUUAGAAUUAUGAGGUUUGUGCGUGUCCCCUUUGGCAACACAUGUAGCCCUUUUUUGCUAAAUGCAACUAUCAAAUAUCACUUACAGUCUUUUCCUAAUACUGAAGUCAUAGAAGAAUUAAAGGAAAACCUUUAAGUGGAGGGGGCAGACAGUGCUGAAGAGGCUUCUGAUAAGUUUAAAGAAGCUCAGAGAAUUUUGGCAUUAGCAGGGUUUCCUCUUUCUAAAUGGCAUUCAAACUGUAGAUUACUGACUACAAAGUUUAAUGACAAAAUUGAUCAUGGUAAGGAACAUGUAGCCACCAAGGUUUUAGGUAUGAUGUGGUUAUCCUUAACAGACCAGUUUGUUUUUGGGGACUUUGAUUUAGAUACAGAGACGCAGUUGGUGUCAACAAAAAGAGCAGUUCUGAGUCUCAUAGCCAAGCUUUUUGACCCACUUGGUUUGAUUAGUCCCUUUGUCAUGUAUGCUAAAAUCCUCUUUCAAGACAUAUGGAGACUUGGGCUUGAUUGGGAUGAAGUACUACCUAAAGAGUUGCAAAAUAAGUUCCAGAAUUGGGUUAAGAGUAUUGCUGCUCUUAAAUACUGGAAGAUAAAUCGCUGCUAUUUCCCAGAAAUUUCAUGGAGUAAGUUGUCGGGUCUGGAACUUCAUGCUUUUGGUGAUGCUUCAGAGAAGGGGUAUGGAGCUUCUGUGUACUUAAGAGUUCCCCUUUGGGGUGGGACAUACCAUGUGACAUUUGUAGUAGCAAGGUCUAGGGUAGCUCCAAUAAAAAGGGUUACUUUACCCCGACUAGAGUUGCUUGGGGCUUUACUUUGUGCUCGGCUCUUAGAUUUUGUGAAGUCUGCCCUAUAUCUCGAUAAGACUGUAACUUAUUGUUGUUGGACUGACUCAAAGGUUGCACUUGCAUGGAUAAAGGGUAAUCCUUGUAGAUGGAAGGCAUUUGUGUCAAAUAGAGUUGUUGAAAUUCAGAGUCUCACCUCCCCAUGUCACUGGUACCAUUGUUCAGGGAAGGAAAAUCCUGCUGAUCUCAUUUCUAGAGGGGAGUUAGCUGAGCCACUUGUAAAUUCUACUUUAUGGAUAAAUGGCCCUACUUGGUUGUCUGAACCUUUAACUUUAAGUGAUAAAGGAGAAACUGUGGAUCUACCUGUUGAAGAAAGAUCAUUUCUUGUGUAUCUGUGA